AUGGCCGGCCAGACUUCAAUUCCACGCAACUUUGAGAAGCCGAAGACCGCAUUCUGGCGCGAUCUGGAUCGGACGAUCGCUUGCAACUUCUUUCAAGCCUAUCCAUCGAAAUUACAGCCUUCACUGGAACUUAUUCUCGAUGCUCUCUCGGACCGUCCUCGCGAUGAAAGGCUCUAUAUCUUGAUUGAGAUUCUCCGUGAGAGGCUACCAGUCCGUGAGCUUCGAACUUCCGGCGAGGACUUCAGGCCACACGCUUCCAACGACGCAGAGUACGAUGUGUGGGCCAGUGCUAUGUUGGGCAUUGCGUCUGCCCAAGAUGCGCUCGGCCUCGAGGAUGAAGCCGAGCGGACGACCCGCAUCAUGAUAAACAACGGACCACACGGAGAGAAGGACCUCGGUGCGCAAUACUCCUUGGCUUGGCGCAUGGAAGAGAAGGGUCGAUACGGCGAAGCGGAGGAGAUGGCAUUGGAGUGCAUGGAAUGGAUCAAUGGACACCGGAGAUGCGGACCGCUGUCUCCUCAAGCGAUUUGCUUGUGGCGACUCCUCAUCAAGACCGCCUGGAAGAGUGGAAGGAGGGCCCUUGCAGAGGAACGAAUCCUCACUACUCGCGAUCUUAUCACGAAGAUGUCUCGGUCUCGGUUCGCUAAGUAUGCGCAAAAGGAAGUCGAGGAGCUGGUGGUAACGACCGUUGGGCUGGCGAAGAUUUCGAAGAUGUGA